AUGGUAACGACGCUCGGCCCAAAGAUGGCGGCCGAGUGGGGUGCAGGAGCAGGUUCUCCUGGUUCAGGCCCAUGCCCUAGCCAGUGGCGCUGGAGCAGUUCUUUAUGGGUCCGAAGCGUUCUGCUCUUGUUGGGCGGCCUCUGGGCAAGCGCCACAUCUAUUCCUGUCUCCUUGGACAGUUCCCCUCCCUGCCGGCACCACGUCCCCUCUGAGACUGAGGUCAUAAAUAAGGUUCAUCUUAAGGCAAAUCAUGUUGUAAAAAGAGAUGUUGAUGAACAUUUAAGAAUCAAGACUGUCUAUGAUAAAAGUAUUGAUGAGUUGCUCCCUGAGAAAAGAUACCUUGUAAAGAACAAACUUUUUCCACAAGCUAUUUCUUAUUUGGAGAAGACUUUUCAGGUUCGUAGACCUGCGGGCACUAUCUUACUUAGCAGACAACGUGCAACAAACCAACACCAGAAGGAAAAUGAUCCCCAUAGAUACUGUACUGGGGAAUUUGCAGAGCAUACAAAAUGCGGCCCAGUUAUAGUGCCUGAGGAACACCUCCAGAGAUGCAGGGUCUGCCGUGGGGGUAAGUGGUCCUGUUUAGCAGUAGGUGUGCAAGACCAAGAAGGCGUCCGGGAUGCAGACUUUGUUCUAUAUGUUGGUGCUCUGGCCACCGAGAGGUGCAGCCGUGAAAACAUCAUCUCUUAUGCAGCCUAUUGUCAGCAGGAAGCAAAAAUGGACAGGCCAAUAGCAGGAUAUGCUAACCUGUGUCCAAAUAUGAUCUCUACCCAGCCUCAGGAGUUUAUUGGGAUGCUGUCCACAGUAAAACAUGAGAUUAUUCAUGCCCUGGGUUUCUCUGCUGGCCUAUUUGCAUUCUACCAUGAUAAAGAUGGAAAUCCUCUAACUUCAAGAUUUGCAGAUGGUCUCCCACCUUUUAAUUAUAGUCUUGGAUUAUAUCAAUGGAGUGAUAAAGUAGUUCGAAAGGUGGAGAGAUUAUGGAAUGUUCGAGAUAAUAAGAUAGUUCCUCACACUGUGUAUCUUCUAGUAACACCUCGUGUUGUCGAUGAAGCGCGAAAACAUUUUAACUGUCCAAUUCUGGAGGGAAUGGAACUCGAAAAUCAAGGUGGCAUGGGCACUGAGCUCAACCAUUGGGAAAAGCGGUUAUUAGAGAAUGAAGCAAUGACUGGUUCUCACACCCAGAACCGAGUCUUCUCUCGAAUCACUCUGGCAUUAAUGGAGGACACUGGUUGGUAUAAGGCUAAUUACAGCAUGGCCGAAAAGUUAGACUGGGGCCGAGGAAUGGGCUGUGACUUUGUAAGAAAGAGCUGUAAGUUCUGGAUUGACCAGCAGAAACAAAAGAGGCAGAUGCUGAGCCCUUUCUGUGACACGCUUAGAAGUAACCCAUUGCAGUUAACUUGCCGACAGGACCAGAGAGCAGUUGCUGUGUGUAAUUUGCAGAAGUUUUCAAAACCUUUGCCUCAAGAGUACCAGUACUUCGACAAACUAAGUGGAAUACCUGCAGAAGACUUGCCUUAUUAUGGUGGUUCAGUAGAAAUUGCUGACUACUGCCCUUUCAGUCAGGAAUUCAGUUGGCAUUUAAGUGGUGAAUAUCAGCGCAGCUCAGAUUGUAGGAUAUUGGAAAAUCAACCAGACCUUUUUAAAAAUUAUGGUGCUGAAAAGUAUGGACCUCAUUCAGUUUGUCUAAUUCAGAAAUCCGCAUUUGUCAUGGAAAAGUGUGAGAGGAAGCUGAGUUACCCAGACUGGGGGAGUGGAUGUUAUCAGGUUUCUUGUUCUCCCCAAGGUCUGACAGUUUGGGUUCAGAACACUUCAUAUUUGUGUAGUCGGGCUGGGCAGGUCCUCCCCGUCAGUAUUCAGAUGAAUGGCUGGAUUCAUGAUGGUAACCUGCUCUGCCCAUCAUGCUGGGACUUCUGUGAGCUCUGUCCUCCAGAAACAGAUCCUCCAGCUGCUAACCUGACCCGAGCUCUACCACUGGAUCUCUGUUCCCGUUCCUCUAGCCUGGUGGUCACCCUCUGGCUUCUGCUGGGCAAUCUAUUUCCUCUGCUGGCUGGAUUUCUUCUAUGUGUAUGGCACUAG